GACUUAAGUAGUACCGAUUUAGGGCGUCGUGGGGUGUGAUUUCACUUCCCCACACGUAACCGUACUCCCGAACCCAGAACUUCAUUUUCGCAGACCAUAUCUCGGUUCUGACCCUAAGGUUACAGCCGAUCCUAAGAGUGUUCGAUCCACUCCAAGUAAGAUCGAUGGCGACUCCCUAAAACAGCCGACGCGACGACGUACGGACCCCCCCGGACGGGACGGUUGCGACAGUAUCGAAGCAAUCUAUGAUACAUAAUUUGAUUAAUUUCUUUUUAGAAUAUAAAAUAAGAUAUUUGCUCACAUACUCAACGUGUUAAACUUCAUAUAUGACACCACAUGAAUUAAAAUCAUAAGAUAUUGAUUGAUUUGUUCAUAAGUCGGUAAUCGAGUUGGCUCUCUAGCCACAUGUGGUGAGACAUAUCAUGAGCUCUAAACGAGCCAGUUCACAAUUUUAGCUCAACAAGCCACUGAAUAGAGCUAGCUCGCGAGCUUCAUGAACUGAACAAACCUCAGUUCAUAUUCAACUUGUUUAUUAACGAGCCGUGUUUCGUACAAAUACUUCUCGAGUCAAACGAGCAGCUCGCUCAUUUGCAGCCCUGCAUCUAGAGCUGUCAAAAUGUAACCCGACCCGAGCAACCCGCCCGAUCAACCCGACCGCAACCCGAUUUGACUAAAAGUUAAUGACCCGUAACCCGCCCGACCCGCAACCCGAUCGACCCGCAACCCAAUCGACCCGCAUCCCGACCAACCCGCAACCUGAUUAACCCACAACCCGACCAACCCGCAACCCGACUAACCCGAACUCGUAACCCGACCAACCCGCAGCCCGACUAUAAUAGACGGAAAUCGAUGAUAAUAAACCAAAAGUUUAUAUUUGAAAGAGGGCUUGCAAUUUUCAAAGAGAUAUUUUAUUCAUGAAUGAAAUAAAAGAGAUAAAGCAAAAGGUAGGAUGGCGGCACUUUGAAACUUUAGGAGUUAAAAUUUUCAGGGAGAUGGCGGGCAGAUUCACGGAUGCAAAAUUUCAGGAUUUGAAAGAGGGAAAAAUUUAGGAUUGUGGAGGCAAAUUUUUAGAGCAAAAAUUUGGAUUUUAGAGGCGGCAACAAAAUGAAAAAGUGUUGAAUUGCUUGUCGAAACUUUUGAGAAAGCAAUUUUAAAUGAGUACAAUUAAUAUUUAGUAAAUACUUGUAUAGUAUAUGUACUCAUAUUUAUUUUAUUUGUUUAAAAUUUUCAUAUUCGUAUUAUUGUUAAGUUGUUUUAUUUUUUCCGUUCAUUUGAUGGUUCCCGACUUCCCGUAGUAAACCCGUAUAACACAUUUAAUAUUUGUAUUUAAUGAAUUAAAUUGAUAACUUAAAUAUUAUUUAUAUAUCUAUAUAUUUAUAAAAUAAUAAUUUUAUAUAUUUAUAAAUCUUAACUUACUAUUAAACAUAACAUAGUUUAUAAACAAAGUAAAAUAACCGUACAUAUUUUAUACGCAACUUACCUGUACCGUAUUUUACUAACUAUGGCCAUUAUAACAUGAAUCGGAGUUGUAUAAGUUUUUUACUCCCAAUUUUGAAUAUGUGUGAUCUGAGGAGAAAUUUUUCUUUUGACUAAAAUUUCAUUUACACUAUAAUAAAGAGUCUGAAUUUUUUUUAAUCUUUCUUGAUUUUCACAUAAAAUUUGGAAAGCUAAAUUACCACAUUGUUCACGGUAAUUAACCGUGAUUAACAAUUCGUCAUGGUAAAUGAAGAUUAGAAAACAGAUAAACUAGAUCCCGUGAUUAGAACUACACAAUCAAAUACAAGAAUUAUUUCUGUAACUAUUAGUAUACAUUUUAAUACGAGAAAAUGUCCCGUGAAUAAGAUCCUUUGACUAAAAACCAGUUUUCCUGCUUAUAGGGUAUAUGGUUAGGGUAUAAAGUCUUAAUGAUUUGACCACGGUUAAUCAAAAUCAUAACUAAUAAGAUCAACUUUUAUUAUUAACAUAUGUUCAUGAAUCAAACCAGUAUGGGUUUAGGGUAUAGGUUAUAGAGUCGACUUGUAAGGUAUAUGGUUAGAGUAUAAGGUAUUAAUGGUUUGGCCACGAUUAGUCAAAACCAUAACUAAUAAGAUCAAGUUUUCUUAUUAAUAUAUGUUCAUGAAUCAAACCAUUAGGGGUUUAGGGUAUAGAUUAUAAAGUCGACUAAUAGGGUAUAAAGUAUUAAUAGUUUAGCCAUGAUUAGUCAAAAUCAUAACUAAUACGGAUCAAGUUUUUUUUAUUAACAUAUGUUCAUCAAUCAAACUAUUAGGGGUUUAGGGUAUAUGAUAUAGAGUCGACGUAUAAGGUAAUGGGUUAGGGUUAAGGUAUUAAACUAUUAAUGGUUUAGCUAAGAUUAAUCAAAAUCAUAAAUAAUAAGGAUCAAGUUAUUUAUUAACACAUGUUCAUGAAUAAAAUUAUUUGGAGUUCAGGGUAUAGAUUAUUUAGAGUUUAGAUUAUAUGUUAUCGAGUAAAGUUACAAUUGAACUCACAACAAUUUUUCUAAAUUUUAUAAUUUAGUUUAAUACAAAAAUCAUAUAAACAAUUAACUAGCUAAACCAACAAUAUCUCUAUACAUUUAUAUGAACAAUUUCACUUGUUUUUAAAAAAUUUAAAAACUAUUUUUAAACUUUUCUCUCCAAAAUUUGGGUUCCCCCAAUACUACUGCCCAAAAAUUUGAUUCCCCCCACCCGCCGAGACCCGCCAAUAAUUCCGCCUGUAAUGUUUUCUCAAAAUUUUGUUUCCCCCACCUUUGAGUAUUUGACUUUGAGUAGUGAUUCCUUGUUUUUGACAAGUAUUGUGCUAGCUUCAUAUAGUUACGAUUUACGACUUACUAGUAAUCACUAAAAAGUAACGCGAUGUUCUGGUCUGUAAAACCCGCAACCUGAACCGCCCGAACCGUAACCCGAUUGACCCGCACCCGAUUGACCGGUAACCCGAUUGGCCCGCAGCCCAAUUGACCCGUAGCCCGAUUGACCCGCAGCCCGAUUGACCCGUAACCUGAGUAACCCGCAAGCCGAUCAACCCGAACUCGAAAAAUCCACAACCCAAUCGACCCGCAACCCGAAUGAACCCAGCCCGAGCCCGCUUCACACCUCUACCUGCAUCUACCGCAGCAGCACAAUAAUAAAUAGGUAGGUACCAGACACCAGUACGCCACCGCCAACUAGUACCUCUGAAUUCUGAUCCACCUUUCCUUUCAUUAAAGUCUCCCACUCUCCCAGCCAGCUCCUUUACCCCAUACAACCAGCCUGCAAAAUCCUCCAGAUCCCCAUUUCUUCUCUUAUCCCCUUCAACCUCACGAAUUCUCAAUUUACAAUAAAAUUCCCAAAUGGAAGGCGUCUCUGCCACCUUAUACACCAAAAUGAAACGCUACUGGAAGCGCCAGGGCUACCACCGCAUCCACGGCGGCGGCGCCUCGACCAGGAUUCGGCAGGUGGAGCUCGGAGGCGGCGGGAGGCGGCGGCGGAGGAUUUCGUGGCGGGUCAAGAUCAAGCCCAAGCUCAAGUUCAUGGACAAGCUCGCCUCGCCCAAGAAGUUCUUCAUCUGGCUCCGGGACGCCUACGUCAGGAUGAUGCUCGGGUUCGCCAACUCCGCCGGCGGCGCCGGGAUGGUCGGCGACGGCGGCGUCUCGUCGUUCGGGAGGAAGGCGGUGAAGGAGUACGAUGAGAAGAUGAUCCUCCAGAUCUACAAGUCGCUUGUCUUGGCUCAGGCGAACCGCCAGCAAUUGGCGGCGCCUGCCGCCGGAGCUCUCGACAGGUGCGGCGGCUCUUCUCCUUCCGUCGUGGCGGCUAAGCUUGCUGCUAUUGUAGAGUAGGCGAUAUAGAUUAAGUUGUUAAUUCGUUCAUCGGAGAACUUACCGGCAACCUGGUUGUUUCUUCUUUCUUUUCCUUCCGGCUAAUUCCACUUUAGCCCAUGUAUUAUGUCAUUCCCACUACUUAUUUUUAUAACGAACAGCCCAAUUUAGCUACUAAUUAAUUGGGUUUGAUACAUUUCACUAAUGACUUAAUCAACAAUACAAUGAAAAAUGCUGCCAUGAACAUCUCUGGGAAAGUUUGCAGGUCAACCUUGCAAAGAGAUCAAUCAAGUCAAUUCUUUUUGAUUCAAAGGAACAAGGUAAAUAAGACAGAAAGGGAAAACAGCAUUACACAUCAAUUAUAUCUAAGUAUCUAACCACCUGAAGUAAAUACCUUGAGAAUUGGGUGUGUGAGGAUGCUCCUUGUUCUUGUCGUUCUUGUUCAUCUAUCCCCAAAUAGAGACCAUCCUUUUGAACAUACAUAUCGUCGAAUCUGAUAUUUGGGAUGUGGGAAAUGUUGAGGCAGUCUUCAGCUGGUGUUGCUUCUGCACCUUGCCCACAGAACACGACAUCUCUUUCACUUCCAAAGUCUUCAAGGCGUGAGCUUUGUAAGCCAACAUGGUAAGCACUCCAGGUUGUCACACUCCUUUACUGUCAGCUGCUGCAAAUUUGAGGAAUGCUGUCAUCAAUUCGGUAUAGUAACCAACUUAGGAAGACUACUGACAACCAUGAUAUAAAGGCUUGGAAGGACACAUCAAGGCAUGUUAUAGUUCUCACAAUCAAUCUCCAUCAUUCAUUGUCAUCGUAGUUAUCUAACUCCAUAGCUCCACAAUCCCGAAUCUGAAGCACAUGGAGGGAAGGGAGAUGUUGAUUGGAUGGAGACAGAGUAGUGAAGACAUGGCAAUCCCCUAUGUGGAAACCAUUCUUUCAAGUCUUGGAAUCUCGCUUUUGACACCCCAGAGGAGAUUUGCCUUAUCAGUGGCUAGUGAAUCCAGCUUCUUAACGACCACCUCAGCGAGAACAACUGCCAUUUUUUAGGCGAAGGGCAGUGAGGAAAAGCAGUACAAGGAGAAGCAGCAGCGUGGGUGUGAGUAACUUUCAAAAAAAGGGCAGAUGUUUGAUGUAGCAGACAUACUCAGGCAACAAAUAUGCAAGGUUUUGAUUGAAAAUGUGACACACGGAAGCAAAAGUUGGACGUUAGCCUGGUGGCUAGCAGCUCAAUGUCCAAGAUCCAAUAGUUGAUCUUAGAGUUAACGCAGCCACAGUCGCUCACUUGCCAUGGUUUUGAAAACUGCAACCUUCUAUCUGUGGCAAUGAAAUGAAACUUAAACCUCAACGAUCCCUUCUAUCAUAGGCUGAGUUUCUUGACAAGUAUUGUUGCCUGUUCUAGAUCAUGAAAAAUCAAAGGUUCCAGCUUUCUACUUACUGAGUGUUACUGAGUUCUGCUUUCCAUUCUCCUUGCUUCGUUCAUUGGCUCUCAUUAGUAUUACCUAAACUUUAGCUGUUAUCCUAAAUCUCCAACUCCAUAGCAAUGGAACGAUCUUCUAAGGCAAGUCUAUGGCUAAAUUUGAGUAGUAAAAUCAAUGAAGAGCAAGAGCAAGGCGCAGAGAAGUAAGAACCUUUUCCUCUUUGAUCUGGAUUUGAUUGGUGACCCAUACGAGCGCUUCUGCUGGAUUCAACUUCUUCGAGCAUUUCCGCCGUCUCUUGCCACUUUCGACUCUGCAUUUUGCUUGUUCAUUUACACGGCGGGGCAUUUCCACAAACAGUUCUCAUGCAUUUCGCCUCCCGAAUACUGAAUACUGGCUUUAGAAACACCAGCUGCCGCCUCCGUCGACCUUUUCCCAAUUGAAGUAAUUGCUUCGCCUAAUCCGCCAGAAGCUUUUCAUGUGUCUCCUUCGCCAUCAGAGUCGUUAAAUAACCGCGGAGCAUCUCUCCCACACAGUGGCGGACCCAGAAAUUUUUCAUAGGUGUUCUCUUUUAAAAAAUAAAAUAAAUAAAAAUAA